AUGCCCGCCUUUCCCGACGGCCUGGAGAUUGAUUACAAGCAGAAUCUGAAUGGCACAAUGGGCGGCUACGCCGAGCAAAUCCUCAUCGCCACCGGCAAGGACGACUGGAAAAGCCGGAUAGAAGAGGAAGACGACGCACACUUCCAGCGCCAGGUCAAAGACAUACUUGGAAGGAAAGGAGAGCUCAGUGAUCCUUACCAUAAUGUCCUGAUAACGAACGUAUCCUUUCCCGGCGCAUCAUCCUCGUCCCAUUCCGCUUCCGCCUACCUUUUCCCAAGCUUCAAGUACAUACCUUCGAUACCGCUGGAUGGGGACUCGGUCAAGAAUUUUAUACGGGGCUUUGCGAAACCGAAGCAGCUUCAUAAGAUGCACAUGGAUGUUCUCUCGCCGGCAGAGCAGGCCAAGUUGCUGCGGCACGAAGAGCUCCAGGACGGCUUCGCCGGCGUCCGGGAGGUGGACGAGGUGCUGGUGCUGAUUUGCGGACAUGGCGGACGGGACGCUCGGUGCGGUGUUAUGGGGCCGCUCUUGCGCGAAGAAUUCGAGGAGAAGCUCAAGGCCAAGGGGAUAGACAUUCGGCCGCAGCCAGACCUGGAGCGACAUCACGGAAGCGCGCUGUCGGCUAGCGUUGGCUUGAUCAGCCACAUUGGAGGACACAAAUACGCGGGAAAUGUCAUCAUCUACAUUCCAAAGACCUUAAAAGAGGCGGGGCAUCCAUUGGCCGGAAAGGGCAUUUGGUAUGGUCGCAUUGGUCCAGACCAAGUCGAGGGCAUCGUAGAGCAGACAAUCGUGCAGGGCAAGGUUGUCAAGGACCUGUUUAGAGGCGGAAUCGAGGACAAUGACGCCAGGACUAUCCUUAGACUAUGA